AGAACUUCACUUAAGGGGUACUGUUACUGAUUUUUGUUUUGCCGUUGGCAUUUUAAGAAUGUCACUCUCACCGGUCCCAUACUCCGCUUCCAACGAGCAACACCCUCAAACACUACAAGGAGUACCACCUCCUCCACCCCCUAAGCCAACAAGUCAUGAAGCAAGCAGAAGAGGCACUCCCCUUUUGGGUCAACAAUUUCCAUCGCCAGCUCCAUCCACACCACCCAAGGAAGCAUUACAGUCUCAGGGAGACGCAAGCAUUUCAACAAGUCACGCUCCGCCCAAUCGCCCAUUCUCUCCCAGCAACCUCCAACAACCUCCAGGCCUUGACGAAGGAUGGAUUCCAGAUAUCCUCAAAGACAAAUCAACAAAAGAUCUCCAAUCCGUUCUCUCCAAUCCCACCCUCCUCAACGCCCUCGCAAAUACCCACCCUUCCUACCCCUCCGCACAAACCCACCUCCUAACGCUCCUUGAAUCCAACAAAUCCCUCGCCACUCGUGCCCUCGAGCUAGAAUCCCACCUCGCCGCCCUCCGCGCCUCCACCGAAACCCUCCUCCUGCAGCACCAAUCCCUCGAGCUCUCCUGGCGCAAAAAACAAACGGAAAUGGACGCCGCCCUGGCACCCUGGUCACCCAAGGCGCUGUAUCAGAGACUGGCGGCAGCGAUUGCCGAGCAGGAGGCGGUCGUGCGCGCGGUGGAAGAGAGCUUUUUGGAUGGGGACUUGCAGCAUCAUGGAGUUGCCGGGGAGAGAGAAGUCGUGGAGUGGGUGAGGCGGUUGAGGAGUGAAGGUGCGAAGUUGGAGUUUAGGAGGGAUGCUAGAGCGAGGUGGGAUGAAGGGAGGGUUGGGGGGUGGAGGUGAUGGGUAUGGUGAUCGUUUUUGUGUGUUCGGAUCGACACACGCCCUUGGAUAACUAAAUAUGCAGUGCAUGGGCGCGGCGAAGUGGGCGUACCUUUUCCCCCCUUUUAUCCCGCUGAUAUUAGGCGCUAGAUAUUUUUGAUUUCAAGAACAGACUGUUGGAUGGUCUAGAACCUUGGUGAAGGCGAUCUACAUCUUCCAGUCGGCAUGUUAAUGCUUAAAAGCACAUAUAUACUCCACGCCUGGUAUAGAAUACCAUUUUUGUGACUGCGGUUCGCACCGUUUGAG